AUGGUUGGGAGCUUAAUGUACUUAACGGCUACUAGGCCGGAUGUUAUGUGUGCAGUGAGUCUUCUUAGCAGGUACAUGGAGUCACCAACAAGUCUGCAUUCCCAAGCUGCGAAGAGAGUGUUUCGUUAUUUACAGGGAACAAUUGAUUUCGAUAUACACUAUAAGAAAGGAGAAGCUUCAAGACUCAUUGGCUAUGCUAACAGUAAUUACGCAGGUGAUUUAGACGACAGGAGAAGCACUUCAGGAAGCGAGUUCAUGAUGAAUUCAGGUGUUGUGUCUUGGUCUUCAAGAAAACAACAGGUGGUUACUCUAUCCACAACCGAAGCAGAGUUUAUAGCCGCAGCAACAUCAGCAUGUCAAGCCAUAUGGCUGAGAAGAAUUCUUGAUGAUCUGCAUUUUCAGCAACAUGAUCCUACAAUAAUUCACUGUGACAGCAGCUCAGCAAUCAAGCUUUCUAAAAAUCCAGUCCUUCACGGGAGAAGCAAGCACAUAGAUGUGUGA